AUGUUUACCUUUGUCCUUAGGAUCUACAAUCUUGUUGUUUCAGAGGCUUUAUCAGAAAAUUGCAAUGGCCACUCGUUUUUUUAUCUUCACAAUCAGAUGUACUAUAUUGGCGGGAACUCGGAGAGCGUGGAACAAGAUGUGAUACACUCGUACACUAUGGCCUACGGCGGAGGCGGGUUUGCUAUUAGUUAUCCAUUGGCUGCUGAGCUUGUUAAGAUCUUAGAUGGGUGCAUCGAUCGGUAUGAUAAAUUCUACGGCUCAGAUCAAAAAAUUCAGGGUUGUUUGAGUGAGAUCGGAGUGCCCGUAACAAAAGAACUCGGGUUCCACCAGCUCGAUAUACGUGGAAGCCCGUAUGGUUUGCUAGCGGCGCACCCGCUGGCCCCACUAGUGUCACUCCACCAUUUUGACUAUUUCGAGUCAAUAUUUCCAAACCUAACUCAGAUUGACUCGGUGGAAAAGUUGGUCAGCGGGUAUGAAGUGGAUCCAAGUCGGAUCCUGCAGCAAAGUUUUUGUUAUGACUUGAAUCGUAAUUGGUCUGUUUCGGUGUCUUGGGGUUACACUGUGCAGUUUUAUCCGUUUCUGGUGACUGCUAAGAAGUUAGAAACGGCAGUAGGGACGUUUCAGACAUGGAGGAGUUGGGACACUGGUCCGUUCACAUUUAAUACUCAACCCAUCAGUUCAGACAUGUGUGAGAGACCCGUUGUUUUUAUGUUGGAUCGGGUUGAGAGUGUUGGUGGGGGUAAGACCUUGACCGGUUACAAGAGGUACAAUAUGGGAAAAGAGGAAACAGAUUGUCCUAGAUGUAACUACACUGCCGUGGCAGUUCAAUUUUUCAACGUCUCAGCUCCCAUAUUCAACCCUGACUUGUGGAAUAAGGCACCACGUAGACAAUGCUGCGAGAUCAUCAAUGGUACAGAUGGAGCUGACAACGUUGUUCAUGUCCAAAUUAGAGGCUGCAAGCGCUUUGAGAGUGUCACUCCUCAGUAGGAAAAUAGAGCAUCUAAGAACAAUCGAUCUUGAAAGUGGCAAGCU